AUGUUUGUUGCGACUACACUCCUUGCGCUUGGCGCAACCCUCGUCAGCGCGGUUCCGUCUCUUGUGGUUAAAGGGAGUCAGUUUGUCAAUCCGUCCACUGGAGACCGAUUCCAAGUUGUUGGUGUCGCAUACCAACCGGGCGGCUCUUCAGGUUACAACCCAUCACUCGGCUUCGACCCCCUGAGUGAUGGCUCAAAGUGCCUUCGGGAUGCCGCUCUCAUGCAGAUCCUAGGAAUCAACGCUAUCCGCGUAUACAAUCUGGAUCCAGACUUGAACCAUGACGAAUGCGCCAGCAUCUUUAAUGAUGCGGGUAUGUAUUUGAUGAUCGAUGUCAACUCUCCUCUCGUUGGUGAGAGUCUCAACAGUGAUGAGCCCUGGACUAGCUAUUACGCUGCCUAUCUCAAUCGGACGUUUGCUGUUGUUGAAGCGUUUCGCCAUUAUCCAAACACGCUUUUGUUUUUCUCUGGUAACGAGGUGAUCAGCGAUCUCGACAGCGCCAAAGCCGCCCCCCCUUACAUUCGAGCUGUGACCCGUGACAUCAAGACAUACAUUGCUAAGCAUUCCGACCGCUCCAUUCCUGUUGGCUAUUCUGCUGCCGAUGUGCGUUCAGUGUUAUUUGACAGCUGGAACUACUUCCAAUGUGCGGAGUCAGGUGUUGCCAACGAUACUAGCCGUGCCGAUGUCUUCGCCCUCAACAGUUAUAGUUGGUGCGGCGACAGUAGCUUCACCACAAGCGGCUAUGAUACUUUAGUCGAAGGCUUCAGUGGCACUUCCAUUCCCGUCUUUUACUCCGAAUUUGGCUGCAACGUCCCCGCACCGCGAAUUUUUACCGAAGUUAGCACCAUAUAUAGUGACAAGAUGAUGCCUGUUUUCAGUGGUGGAGUUGUAUACGAAUACGCCAAUGAGGUCUCCAAUUUCGGUCUAGUCAACAUUAGCACUGAUGGUAGUGUUGACAUCCUCCAAGAUUUCUAUACUUUGCGGGACCGGUACAGCAAGAUCGACUUCAAGUCCAUUCAGACAACUGUGGCCAACACUUCGACAACCAAGCCUCCUGUCUGCAGCUCCAAACUUAUUUCCAGUGAUGGGUUUGACAGCAACUUCACCUUGCCUGUUCUUCCUCCUGGCGCACAACAAAUCAUCGACAACGGCGUCUCGCCGAAGCCCAGCGGCAAAAUCAUCGCCAUCUCUAAUUGGAACGUCAAGUUUACAGUUCGCAACCCUGAUGGAACUGUUCUGAGUAAUCUUUCUGUCAAGCCUAUCUCGGGUGGCAAGGCAAAUACUCCAGGAAGCAAUACGGCGUCCAGUACAUCUAUACCGACGUCCUCAAAAACCCCGACAGCGUCAAUGUCAAGUGGGGCCUCUGCUUCUGCAACUGCUAAUGGUAGCAUCGAAGAGAAUUCUGGCACCGACCGCAGUGUUCCCAUGCCAGUUACCGUCAUUGCAUUCACGGUUUUCCUACCCAGUAUUUGGGCUUGGUUUACGUAA